UAGAUUUUAAGAAUAGGCCGUGAAAUUGACCGCAGUAAAUUGACAACGACAGGUCAGAAAAAACUCUCGUCUCUUUUUGUGUUGAUGUCACGUGUAAACCAUAGGCGGAAGUGACACUCGACAUCUUGAUGCGGAAGAGAUUCCGAAGAAUUAAAGAACUGUCACCAAAAUGACAACAAAACACUAACCAGAGCUAAUAACGUCGUAUUAUAGCUAUUGCACGUUGAUUUACUGAGACGAGUGAAAUUCUACGGUGGGUUAUUUUUACCAUCGUACGUAACCAGCACCCAUGGCUAAUAACAAUUUACAGAAAGCAAUAGAUCUUGCAAGCAAGGCUGCAGAAGAGGAUAAGGCUAAAAACUACGAGGAAGCUCUCCGGUUGUACCAGCAUUCCAUUCAAUACUUCCUUCAUGUUGUUAAAUAUGAGGCCCAGGGAGACAAGGCCAAGCAGAGCAUCAGGGCAAAGUGUGCAGAGUACCUGGAUCGAGCAGAGAAGCUGAAGGAAUACUUAAAGAAGAAGGAUAAGGCCCCUCCAGCCAAGCCUGUCAAGGAGUCUGGCUCUGAUGACAAAGGGAAUGACAGUGAUGAAGGUGAAGGUGACCCAGAGAAAAAGAAGUUUAAAAAUCAACUCUCAGGGGCCAUCGUCAUGGAAAAGCCAAACAUCAAGUGGAAUGAUGUAGCUGGGCUUGAGGGUGCAAAGGAGGCCCUUAAAGAAGCUGUCAUCUUGCCCAUCAAAUUCCCUCACCUCUUCACCGGAAAGCGAACUCCAUGGAGAGGGAUCCUGCUGUUUGGCCCUCCUGGUACAGGGAAGUCUUAUCUGGCCAAGGCUGUGGCCACAGAAGCCAACAACUCUACCUUCUUCUCUAUCUCCUCCUCUGACCUGGUGUCCAAGUGGCUGGGGGAGAGUGAAAAGUUGGUGAAGAACCUGUUCAGCCUGGCCAGGGAGAACAGGCCCUCCAUCAUCUUCAUUGACGAGAUAGACUCUCUGUGUGGCUCCAGGAGUGAGAACGAGAGUGAAGCAGCCCGCCGCAUCAAGACUGAGUUCCUGGUCCAGAUGCAGGGUGUUGGAAAUGACAAUGAGGGAGUCCUGGUUCUAGGAGCCACAAACAUCCCCUGGACACUGGACUCUGCUAUUAGGAGAAGGUUUGAGAAGCGGAUCUAUAUCCCUCUGCCUGAGGGGCAAGCCCGCUCCUUCAUGUUCAAGCUGCAUCUGGGCUCCACCCCCAAUGAGCUCACUGAAUCAGACUAUGUGACCCUGGGUAAGAAGACGGAAGGCUACUCUGGAGCAGACAUCAGCGUCAUCGUAAGGGACGCCCUCAUGCAGCCAGUCAGGAAGGUGCAGUCGGCCACUCACUUCAAACGGGUCCAAGGGUCAUCAUGGAACCAUCCCAACCUCGUGGUAGACGAUCUCCUGACCCCAUGCUCACCAGGAGAUCCAGACGCCAUAGAGAUGACCUGGAUGGAUGUUAAUGGGGAGAAACUCAUGGAGCCCAUUGUUUGCAUGGCUGAUAUGCUGAGGUCACUGCACAACACCAAGCCAACUGUGAACGAGCAGGACUUGGACAAACUCAAGAAGUUCACAGAGGACUUUGGUCAGGAAGGCUAAUACUCAACCAGAUAAUGCGAACACAACUUUCCUUUCUCAUAUCCUUUUUCUUCACUGGUUCUCAGGCCUGCAUUUGCUACUCUACUUUUUCUUCACAAGUAGCAAAGGGGCUUCAUGUUUCAUGUAUGUUAAUUUGUUGACUUGCUUUGUUAGUUGCCAAUACAUACCCAUAAUAGUGUACCCAUAGUAUGCAACUUUUCUUUUUACAAAGAUAGAUUGGUUGAAGAUGGUGAUUGUCUCAAAUAAUAUGGAUUCAUGAAAAGUAUUUAUAAUUUAUGCUUUAAAACACUAAAGUGUCUGUUUUGGCCUUGAUGGCAUCAAACAAGCAAUGCAUGCAAUUGUGCAUUACAAUAACUCCUCCAAAAGUCCGUUACUCCUUGAAGUGCAUCUAUGGUUUGACAAGAUAGAUGAGGAUUGCCUGUUUUGUUGUACUGUAAUGUGUUUGGACAUUGUUUACCGAUGUUUUUUUCUUUGUUUUUUUCUUUGUAUUCAUUUUUCUUACCAAGAUCUGUAAUUUUGACUCUGCGUUGAUGGAGCAGCACUCAUUGAAGAGGACCAUAUCAUGAUUAACUACCAGCAACUUUAAUGAUUACAAUUUUCUUUCAUCAGUUUUUAUGUAGAGUAUUUUCAUAUUGUUUUUCUGUACGCUGUUUUUGAAAGAAGAUGUUAGACUGAGUGCCUUGCUGGUCAAAAGAAAGUAAAAGUACUUUGGAAUGGGUUGGUGGGGGUAUGUUAAAAUGUAAUAAAACCCAAUGAUUAUUGAUCUUCAAGGGAAAUCAGUAAUAGAGUGAGCAAUAAUCCUUUGUAAAGUGUUUUUGACCCCUUAAAUUGUACUUCCCACAUCUUUGCAGACUUCAAAUGUUUUGUACAAGUUGUGCCUUGAAGAAGAAUCAAUGUGCAGUGCAUUUGGAAAGUAUUCAGACCCCUUGAUUUUGUUAGCCUUAUUCUAACAUUGAUCAAAUAUUUUUUUCUCAUCAAUCUACACACAAUACUCCAUAAUGACAAAGUGAAAACUGGUUUUUAGAAAUGUUUGCAAAUGUAUUACAAAUAAACGGAUACCUUAUUUACAUAAGUAUUCAGACCCGUUGCUAUGAGACUCGAAAUUGAGCUCAGGCGCAUCCUGUUUCCAUUAAUCAUCCUUGAGAUGUUUUUACAACUUGAUUGGAUUGAUUCUUGAUUCUUAAAUAGAAGACGCUUGGAACCACCAAGACUCUUCCUAGGCUGGCCUCCGGGCCAAACUGAGCAAUCGGGGGAGAAGGGUCUUGGUCAGGGAGAUGACCAACGACACGAAAGUCACUCUGACAGAGCUCCAGAGUUCCUCUGUGGAGAUGGGAGAACCAGAAGGACAACCAUCUCUGCAGCACUCCAUCAAUCAGGCCUUUACGGUAGAGUGACCAGAUGGAAGCCACUACUCAGUAAAAGCCACAUGACAGACUGCUUGGAGUUUGCCAAAUGGCACCUAAAAACUCUCAGAACAAUAUAGACAAGAUUGAACACUUUGGCCUGAAUGCCAAGCAUCACGUCUGGAGGAAACCUGGCACCAUCCCUACAGUGAAGCAUGGUGGUGGCAGCAUAAUGCUGUAGGGAUGUUUUUCAGUGGCAGGGACUGGGAGACUAGUCAGGAUCAAGGGAAAGAUGUACGGAGCAAAGUACAGAGGGAUCCUUGAUGAAAACCUGCUCCAGGAUGCUUAGGACCUCAGACUGGGGCAAAGGUUCACCUUCCAACAGGACAACGACCCUAAGCACACGGCCAAGACAACGCAGCAGUGGAUUUGGGACAAGUCUCUGAAUGUCCUUGAGUGGCCCAGCCAGAGCCCAGACUUGAACCCAAUCACACAUCUUUGGAGAGACCUGAAAAUAGCUGUGCCGCGACGCUCAACAUCCAACCUGAUAGAUCUUGAGAGGAUCUGCAGAGAAGAAUGAGAGAAACUCUCCAAAUACAGAUGCGCCAAGCUUGUAGCAUCGUACCCAAGAAGACUCCAGGCUGUAAUCGCUGCCAAAGGUGCUUCAACAAAGUAAUGAGUAAAGGAUCUGAAUACUUAUGUAAAUUAGAUAUUUUAAUUUUAAUUUUUAAUACAUUUGCAAACAUUUCUAAAAAACAGUUUUUUCUUUGUCAUUAUGAGGUAUUGUGUGUAGAUUGAAAAAGUCAAGGGGUCUGAAUACUUUCCAAUUGCACUGUAUAUCCUCUCACUUUCCACUAUAGCCAAUGAAACUUCAGAUACCCUAUUAAAAAAAGACGCAUAUUCAGGUAGUUCCUUACUUGGUAAUGAUUAUAUUCAGCUGUGUUUCUAUAACUUCAGACUUUUCUUUUAUAGAGAAAAAUGUAUAAACCUCAAUGUACAGUAGUAGUCUUUUAUUUUCUCAUUUGAGCAGUUUACAUAUUGUCUGGUCACUGGGGUGAGGUGAAUAGCAUUGAACAAUGCUAAGAAGGGAGGAGUUUGUCUUCAUAAAAGAAGAAUGAACGAUCAUGAUGUAUUCUUUUGGCAAUACUGUUAACAUGUAUGACUGUGGGUUUUUCUAUAAUUAUGUAUUCAAGAUUAUUUUCUGGGAUUUUCCAGAGGUAUCCAGUUUGUUGUGUUCUGAUCUUGAACAUAUAUGUACAUAAAACUAUUACUUAAUGAAA